CUGAGACACAGAGAGAGAGAGACAGAGAGACACAGAGAAAGACGAUAAAGGAGAAAUUGAGUAGUGUUCCAUUUCAUCCACACUCCAAAGAGCUUUGAAGAAAUGACUAAAGAUGAAGACUUUAAGCUCCUCAAGAUCCAGACUUGUUAUCUCAAAGUGAACAUACACUGUGAUGGGUGUAAGCAGAAAGUGAAGAAACUGCUUCAGAGAAUUGAAGGUGUUUAUGAAGUCAGCAUAGAUGCUGAUCAGCAGAAAGUCACAGUUUCAGGGGUUAUAGACUCUGCCAAUUUGAUAAAGAAAUUGGUUAGAGCUGGGAAACAUGCUGAGCUUUGGAACCAGCAGAAGGCCAAUCAGAACCAAAACCAGAAGCAAAAGAACAACAUCUGCAUCAAGGACAACAAAGGCCAAAAGCAGCAAGGGGGCAUGAUAAAGGGACUUGAAGCCUUCAAAAACCAGCAGCCGCAGCAGAAGUUUCCCCAUUUCUUCACUGAAGAGGAUAUUAAUGACUUAUUGGAAGAUGAGGAGGAGGAUGAGAAGGAUGAGUUGAGGCUUCUGAUGAGGCAGAAAGUAAACCAGCUCAGGCAUCAAUCUAUUGAUGUAAACAACAAUGGAAGGAAAGGUGCUGCUGCUGCAGCUAACCCAAACAAUAGUGUCAAGAUCACAAACAAUCACAAUGCUGGGAAGAAGGGAGUGCAGCACCAAAAUCAGAAUGUGCAGGGCAUGAAGGUGAUUAAUCCAGGUGGGAUUGAUCCCAAAACCAUGGCAGCACUGAACAUGAGCAACAUUGCUCAAUUGGGUGCCCAAUUGGGUGGCGAAGCCAAGAGGGGGAAUAACAAUGACUUGAGCACCAUGAUGAAUUUGGCUGGUUUUCAUGGCAAUGGCGCUACAAAUGCUGCUUCUGCCGCCGGUUUAGGUGGCAAUGUGGCCCAUGCCAAUAGUCUAGCAGCAUUCCAACAAGCGCUUCAAUCUCAGCAAUCUCAAGCUGGAGGCAGUGCAUAUCAGGCUCAAUCAGCUUCUGGAGGGUUUCCUAGUGGAGGUUAUGCCACUGGCCAAUAUCCGCAGACUAUGAUGAUGAAUACAAAUGGCUACGGGCAUCCAUCACAGAUGAUGAACAUGAAUAUGCAGCAGGCGAGGCAACAAGCAAUACAGCAGCAGCAACCUCAGAUGAUGUAUCACAGGUCUCCAUACAUUCCUCCUAGUACUACUGGUUACUACCCCAACUAUGGUCCCAUUCCUAGUUCUGCUCCAUAUCCUUACACUGCCGAGCCUAAUUACGGUGGUGAUGAUGGCAACAAUGCAGCUCAUAUGUUCAAUGAUGAGAACACCAGCAGCUGUUCUAUAAUGUGAUUCUAAUUAUGUAGAAAUGAAUGUUUGCAGAGAAUGGUGUUUACUCAUUCGCUGCCAGUGGAUGUUUAGUUGCUUUUGACAGUAUGUGGAAGACAUGAAUCAGGACUAAUAGUAGUACUAGUUGUUGGAGUGAGUCUCAUCACUUAUCAGUGUAAUAUUAUUGUGUAGUUGUUGACACUAUGUUCCCUAAUUAUUUAUGUCAAUUCCUCUAGUUUGUUU